GUGCUGUGCCGUUGGCUCGCGCCGUAGUACUUUCCACACUAGCCGGCUUUCUAUUUACUUAAAAUUUGUUUGUGUCACGCGACAUUAUCAGUAAAACUGAUUAACACAAACGGUCAGUGCUCCUAGUGCUCCCUUUUUAUUUUCCAGUUGGAAAAAAAAUCACCAAUCACGGAACAUAUAUAUCUGUGAGUGUGUGUGUUUGUGCGGAGAAAGUAAUAAUAAAAAUUGACACGUGACAACUUUAAGUGAUGUUUUCAUGACUGCAAUUGUGUAGAAACUCAUCUAAAGGAUUUAUAUAUUUAACACUAUAAUCACAUUAGGUGAAUUUGAACAUCAUUAGGUGACUUUUCUAAUGGAUACUUUUCUGGAAAAGUGAAAUUAGCGUUCCGACGGAAAGAAAUGUUUUCGUUAUUUUAAAAGAAAAAAAAUAUAAUUUUCCUUUAGCGACGGAUGAGAGAAAAAUAAGUUUGAGGGGAAAAAAAGGUGAAAAGAUUGAGAGGGUCAAUGAGAGAGUGUGAUUAAUGUGAAAAAAAGAUCUCCGUGACGGAGACUAAAAUUGUCAAGUUGAUUCCAAAUAUGGUCCUUGAACCAGGAGGUGGUUUGUCAUUUCCACCGCCUCCUGGUGGUGGUUCUGCCGCCUCUGGUGGAUCACUUCUUGGACCAGCGAGAUUGUUCCAGAGGGCGACACCUGUUUUUCCAUUUCACCUCGCAGGAUGGCCACCUCAUCAUCAGGUUCUUGGACAGGUGCAAAGUCAGGUUCAGCAAACGAUGCAGGCGCAGCAUCAAGCUGCUGCAGUUGCCGCUGCACGUUUCUUGAAUCAUCAUCAUCCCCAUCAUGCUCAUCCCGCCCUGGGAAAUCAUCCCCUUGUGCCUGCCAUUGCCGCUCAUCAUCCCGCUGCUCAUCAUCUUCAUCAUUCAAGCGAUCAUAUUGAUGAUGACGAUGACAAGAAAGGUUGCGAUGGAGAAUCAGACGAAGGUGGAAGCAAGCGUAGAAGAAGCAGGACAAAUUUCAAUAGUUGGCAAUUGGAGGAACUGGAACGAGCUUUCCUCUCGAGCCAUUAUCCCGAUGUAUUUAUGCGGGAGGCGUUGGCUGUGAGACUCGAACUAAAGGAGAGCCGCGUUGCAGUGUGGUUUCAAAACCGCAGAGCGAAGUGGAGGAAAAAGGAGCAUACAAAAAAAGGACCCGGAAGACCUGCGCACAAUGCGCAUCCACAAAGUUGUAGUGGCGAACCAAUUCCCCCGGAAGAAUUAAGGAGAAAAGAACGCGAAAGGCGACAGAAAAAAAUCCUAAAAGCCCUCGAAAGACAACAACGAAAAUUAGCCGCUAAGGGAAUCUCCGUUGACCUCUCGACAUUGCGAGCCGAAUGGGAACAACGAAGCGCCGCAGCAUCAAGUGGCAAUUCCUUAGGUUCAUUCGGUCAUUUGAGUAACAAUAAUGAGGGCAGCAGUAUUUCCGGUUCGGGCAACGAUGCAAACGAAGAAAUUGAUGUCGUUGGCGGUCUCGAUUCAUGCAGUGACAGUGACAGCGAACGUGUUGAUUCAACCGCCGACGGUUCAAUUGACGGCGAAUGUUAUCCCCGUUUAAUUGAUCAAAAAUCACCAAACUCAUCGAAUAAUCAUUUGCAAAAUGCAAAUUCGGGUUUUCAUAUUAAUUUAGAUAUGAAUCAUCAACAGGGAAUAAAUCAUUGGGGUUUGAGUCUGUUGGAACGAAGACGUGAACUUGUUAGUUUGAGUAAUUCGGCAUUGAGAACAUCAUCGAAUAAUAAUAAUAAUAAUCAUCAUCAUCAUCAUCAUCAUCAUCAUAGACUGAUUUCACAGCAAAAUGAUCGUGUUUUGCAUGACGACGAGGUGCAGAGCAGCAGUAUUGAUUUGUCUGUGAAAGGUAGGGAGGAAAGAAAGAGACUGAAUCCAUUCUCGAUAGACAGCCUCCUUGGCAAUAAUCGGUCCAGUACGCCGAUUAUCGUCAAACAAGACAGGUCAUCGACACCCACUCUCUCCAAUGGCAGAGAAUCAACGACUCCCACUUCCAUCACAUCCCCCAUUUCCUUACCGACUUCACCCUCAACCACGUAGUCUUCUCCAAGGGUUUAAGGAAAACUAGCGUUACCAAUUUUUCUUUUGCUUUAGUGUAUAUCACGUUUUUUCUUUUGGAUUUUUAAUAAAAUUCGAUUUUUGGAUAGAUUUUUUUGGCCAAGUGUUGAAUAAACGUUAAACAAUUUGAUUUCCUUUUUUGGAGAACAGAAUUUUGAUUUAUUUUGCCAAGUAUUGAAUGAUAAACAUUAAAAAUUAAAAUCGGAUUUGUCUUUUCAAAAAACGAAAUUUGAAUUUAUUCAGCAAAGUGUUUAAUGAUCAACAAUAAAAUUUUUUAGUUGAAAGAUAAAAUAUUAUCAAUCUAUCCAAAUCAAAAAAACAUCUGUUUUGCGUUUCGACGACACAGUCGUCCUCUUCAAAAACUAAAAUUUAUUAUAAAAAAAUUAAAAAUUUGUUUAUACAUAAAAAAAUACAAUUAACAUUUACCGAUAAUAUCUCAUCUCUCAACUAAACAAUUUUAACCGAGUGAUAAAUUCAACAUCAUAAAUAAAAUUUUUGUUUUCGGAAAACGGAAUUCGAAUUUAUUUAGCGAAAUAUUUAAUGAUCAGCAAUAAAAUUUUUGUUUUCGGAAAACGGAAUUCGAAUUUAUUCAGUGAAGUAUUUAAUGAUCAACUAUAAUUUUAAACUAGUGGAUUUAUUUUUUCGAAAAAUAAAAUUUGAAUUUAUUUAGUGAAAUAUUGAAUGAUCAACAAUAAAAAUUGGAGAAUAAAAUUUAUAUUUUCGGAAAGCGGAAUUCGAAUUUAUUCAGCAAAGUGUUUAAUGAUCAACUGUAAAUUUUGAAUCAUCGGAUUUAUUUUUUCGGAAAAUGGAAUUUGAAUUUAUUUAUCGAAGAAAAAUAUUUAGCGAAUUUAAUCGACAAUAAAAAUUAAAAAAUCAAAUUUCUUUUUCCAAAUAACAGAAUUUCGAGUUAAUUUACGAAUUUGAUU